CCAGCCCCAGGCAGUUAGUCCUCGGGGAUUCUGAGCUUCGGCAACUGCCUCUGCCCGUGACACGAUGUUCUCCUGCCCCAGCUGCUGGAGGACUGGACUGCUGCUGCUGCUCCUGGCCGUGGCGGUGCGAGAAUCCUGGCAAGCAGAAGAAAAAACUUGUGACCUGGUGGGAGAAAAGGGUAGAGAGUCAGAGAAAGAGCUGGCUCUACUGAAGAGGCUAAAGCCACUGUUUAACAAAAGCUUUGACAGCACUGUGGGCCAGGGCUCAGAUACAUACAUGUACAUAUUCAGGGUGUGCCGAGAGGCUGGCAACCGUACCUCUGGGGCAGGCCUGGUGCAGAUCAACAAAAGUAACGGGAAGGAGACAGUGGUAGGGAGACUCAAUGAGACACACAUCUUCAAUGGAAGUAAUUGGAUCAUGCUGAUCUAUAAAGGAGGUGAUGAGUAUGACAACCACUGCGGCAAGGAGCAGCGGCGGGCAGUGGUGAUGAUCUCCUGUAACCGACACACCCUCGCGGACAAUUUUAACCCUGUAUCUGAAGAACGAGGCAAAGUCCAAGAUUGUUUCUAUCUCUUCGAGAUGGAUAGCAGCCUGGCCUGUUCCCCAGAGGUCUCCCACCUCAGCGUGGGCUCUAUCUUACUCGUCACGUUUGCAUCACUGGUCGCUGUCUAUAUUAUCGGGGGGUUUCUGUACCAGCGAUUGGUGGUAGGAGCCAAAGGGAUGGAGCAAUUUCCUCAUUUAGCCUUCUGGCAGGACCUUGGCAACCUGGUAGCGGACGGAUGUGACUUUGUGUGCCGUUCUAAACCCCGAAAUGUGCCUGCAGCAUAUCGUGGUGUGGGGGACGACCAGCUGGGGGAGGAGUCGGAAGAAAGGGAUGAUCAUUUACUACCCAUGUGAUUGCACUCGGCACCCAGCUCUUCGUCGGCUCCCCAAACCAAAGCGUCCUCGGCCAGCUUUCUCCAGCAGUCUCCACUCGCUUCACCUCACUUACUACCGCUCUUGCUUUCCAGAUUGCUCUUGAUUUGCAUCGUCUUCUCUGACUGCCUUCCCCUCGCUCCCUGUCUGCUUUCUCCUCUAGACGUGCAGUUGUAAGGCAGGUAGAACGGUGGGCCCGGGAGAGCAGGCUGUGGCACUCUCGGUAUCGGAAGGUACACGUAGAACCGUUACCGUGGGCAGAAGGGUGUGGUGUGGCAGGCUCCCUUUUUUAAACACAUUUUCACAAGUUUUUGAGACACUGGACUUGUUUAAUUAAAAAAGAAACAUUAUUUAUACAGGUUUGCUUGCUUUCCUGCUGUUACUCUGCAUUACAGUAGUCUCCAUGAGAAUCUUGGAUGUAACUUCUUGCUGCUCGGAAUGACUUUGCAGUGAUCACUUGGCUGUAAUCCAAGUGCUCACAUUUGCUCUGAGCCUGGAGAUGUUCUAGACCUCUUCUGCCACCUCUGGGAUUAGGACAGGGAAAAUGUGAAAUUCCCCAAUUGCAGGGUUAUAAGGUACCAUCACAUCAUUUGUUGACAUGGGGGGGCGGGCUUUCUAGUUGGAAAUGAGUCCUGGAUUGUGGUCAUGUGGUUAUUAGUCCUUACGUAGCCAGAAAGCCUCAUCCAGAAAUCCAGUCCAUUGGAAAGGGAAAGUGAAACCGGCCUCCUGUGGGACGGGGUUCCCGGCAGGGGAAGUCAGCCGGUGGUGGUAGGACCUCCUUGCCGGCCAUCCACCAUCUGUAGUAAAAGCUGGCUAAGCUUUCCUGUUUCCCUCUCUGUGUCUAAACCUAUGUUGCACUUUCUUCACAGGCAUGUGGUUGUAACUUUUCAGUCUCCUGGAGAGGGAGCGGAAGCAGAUGGGCGCUAGGGCUCCGCGUGCUCCGCGGUGGUGUGGAUGCUGCCGCGCCUGUCCCUUCUGCUGG